GGCGGGAAUUGUAGAACCUGUCUAUGUGCCUGAUGCAGGUAGCAAGCAAGUCGAGUUGUCAGCUAAGAGAAAUCAUUUUUGCUCCAUCACAUAUAUAAUAAUUCUACGGUUUGGCAUAAUGUCCCGCGUACUGAACGGCAUUGUCGCAGUUUGCCCUGACAUGGGCAUUGGCAAAAAUGGAAAUCUCCCAUGGCAUCCAAUAAGGCUAUGUAAUGAAUUCAAGCAUUUCCAAAGGAUGACAAUGACUCCCUCAGUUGAAGGAAAAAAGAACGUGGUCAUUAUGGGUAGGAAGACAUGGUUCUCCAUUCCAGCUCAGAAUAGACCCCUCAAGAACAGGAUCAAUGUUGUUCUCAGCAGAGAGCUAAGGCAGCCCCCAUCAGGAGCUCACUACUUGGCAUCUGACUUUACUGAGGCACUACGUCUUCUGGACACAACAGAUUUAGAUAAAGAGGUGGACCAGGUCUGGGUUAUUGGUGGCAGUUCGCUGUACAGAGAAAUGAUGGAAAGCUCAUGCAAAAGACGUCUGUUUGUGACCCGGAUCUUGCAGCAGUUUGACAGCGACACGUUUCUCCCCAACAUCGACAUGUCCAAGUACAGCCUGUUGUCCGGGUUUCCGGGGGUUCCGGAAGGUCUUCAGGAGGAGAAUGGUGUCCAGUACAGAUUCGAGGUCUACGAGAGCAUAGAUCACUGACCAGCACGCAUCCCUCAACACUGAAACUGAUUCUGAAAUAGAGCCCCCAAGAUGAUGCAGAAUUGCAAAUAUUGUAACUGCAAUUGUUUUUGUUUUCAUUCCUCUGUUCCCUCUCCGUGGAUGUAUUUGGUGUUUCAGUGCUAGUAUGGGGUCACAUUCUACGACAGGCCAGCUUAGUCUGUCAUUGCCUUGCAUAAGAGCGUAAUCCCAUGCUGUCUGUGCUGUACCUCAUUCCUCUAUAUUAGGAAACAGUGUUUAUAUGCAUAGCCUCAUGUGUGUGUCGGCCAACUCAGCUGGAUGCAGGGAGUGCUUUAGCACCACACUGUACAAUACUAGAGGACAUGCACCCAUCCAUUCCUGAUAAACAAUGUAGCUAUUUUUGACACACCUGGAAGAACCUGGAUCGUGUGUGUGUGUGUGUGUGUGUGUGUGUGUGUGUGUGU